UUCAUUUUUCUAAUAUUCGCCAGGGAUUUUGUUCGGGAUGACUUCAACUGUUUAGGUAAUACACUUUGGUGUGUUUACAAAAUUCCCGGUAACCCGAAAGUACUUGGAUACUUUUUUUUAGCAUCUGAUUUUGUGCCUAGUCGCGCUGCAACUACUGUCGCUUGGAUUUGCCGGAUUUUGUCUUCUUCCGAUCACGUUUCGGCAAUAGAAAUGUCCUCAAAAGAAGCAAAAGCCUCGUUGAAGGAUGCCCGGGAAGCGAUAAAAAACAAGAAAUUCUCGGAGGCCAUCAAACUGUGCAACAAAGUGCUGAAGGAGCAAAAUGAUAACUAUAUGGCCCUAUUGCUGCUUGGUGCGGCAUACCAGGAUAGCGAUAAAAAGGAAGCAGCCAGCUAUCUGAAACGAGCGGUGGCCUGCACCGACGAACCGGUCGUGGCACUGCAGGGAUUGUCGAACUGCGCGGAUGAUUCAGAGCUGCCCGGGGUGUGCGAGAAACUGCUUUCCCUAGUGCCGGACAAGUAUGCCGAUCUGCAUGGCAAGUUGUACGGGGUAGCCUCAAGAGGCGGUGCGCUCGGGCCAACGCUACGUGUUUUCGAAAAAGAGCUCGAUCAGACAGAUGCAAAUCGGCAGCAGUCCGCGUAUGAGCUACUGGCAAAAAUAGUGGCCCAAAACGCAGACCUGGAGCAAACGGAAGCCAGUUUGGUGACUCGCGUGCUGGAAAGGGAAAUCAAUAACAACCAGGAUAUCUACCAGCAUGACAAAUUUCGUCGCUUUCUGAAGCUACUACACGAAGAAAAGCGGUACGAUCGCAUUGCAUCAAUUUCGGCCGCAAUGCACGAACGGUUCUCUAACGAUAUGUACCCACUGGAAUGGAUCUGCAAGCUUUACACCGAAAAGAUCGUUCCAAAGGAACGUCUUGCGGAACUGUUACCUCUCCCCAUCGAGGUUUACGUCGAUCGUGCACUAGCGAUCGCUCCAGAUUCUGCACUAGUACUACUCACCAAGGGAAAGAUCCUCUUUGCAGCUGGCCAAAUUGCUGAAGCAGAAGCUGUGUUGAAGCGCGCGAAUGAUCAGAAACCACUGUGGGUCCCGUGUAUGGAACUUUUGGCAGAGAUCUACUUCCGUCAGAAGGCCUACGGUUUGGCGGAAGCAUUGUACCGUAACAUGAAUAUGGUCAACUUGAACUAUGCCAUCGCGCUCGUCAACGACGGAACCCUUGAGAAGCUGCGGGAGGCGGAUAAAUGUUUUACCAAACUCCAGGACGCCUCAAGCAAGGACCUAUCAGAGGAUUUACUGUUCUAUUGGUGUAAAGCCAAGCUACUCCUAUCGGAUAGAAGCGCUGCUGACAAAAACCUAGCAGCCUUAAAAACUAUCAACGGAAUCAAGAGCGAUAAAAUUGAUUAUCUGAGCGCCCUACGAGCGAAAGCCGAUGGUAACAAUGAGGAAGCCGUCCGAUUAUUGGCCGCACACGAGACUAGCAGCUGUUGUCAAUUAGAACUAUCGACGAUCCUCGCCAGUAUGAGUGGACGGGAAGAGGAAAGCUUCUACGCGGCACUAAGAGCGACUAAACUGGAUCCCAACAACGCCGAAUGCUUUUACCGAUUAGGGAAGCUGUAUCUGCAACGAGGCGAUAAGUUGCGGGCUCGAAAAUGUCUUGAGAAAAGCGUUCGACUUAAUCCAGCCGCACGGAAUGCCGUAAUUCUACUCAGUGAACUUUAUCGUCGCGAGGCCGAGUGGGACGCUAAUGCGACCCUUCUCAGCAGCUCUGGAACCGGGGCAGCGUGGGCUCAGUUGCUGUUGGGUUUGCAUCAUCUCGAUCGACAGGAGUACGACGAAGCGAUUGGCGCCUUUCGCACAGUGCUGCGAUUCGAGGUGGACAAUUCGACUGCCUGGGAAGGCUUAGCGGAUGCUUACCUUGGUCGAGGAUCGUACACUUCUGCGAUGAAGGUGUACGGUAAGAUUACCGAACGAGAUCCGAACAAUCCUUACCCUUUGCUACAGCUGGCCAACAUCAAGAACUCGUUGAAGUUGAACAAGGAAGGAUUGGCAUUGUUUGAGCAGCUCCUAGCGAGACAUGAAAACUACUUUCCAGCCAUCAAGGGAAUUGCUGAUUCGCAUCUAGGGCUGUGUUUCUAUCGCCGUAGUCAAAGAAUGCUCGGAAGAAGUCGUGAUCAUGCCCAAUCAUGUGUUGAUUAUUUAACAAAGGCCAUCAAAAUGAAACCCAAUUUUGUGUGCUUGUGGCAUCAGCUGGCGAAGGUGUUGGAUACGAUCGCAUGCUUUCCAAAGAUUUACUCGCAUCUUCAGCUAGAAGGUGGAUUGGCUGGACUGAGCGACAACCAGCAACGGCCAACAUUGCGACGCGGAAAACUCGCCGAGUUAGCCAGUCGCUGCUAUGCUCGGUUAGUUAAACUGGAUCCGGGAAAUGAUACGCUUUGGUACGAGUUGGCCUCCAAUUAUUACCGGCGUGCCGUUGCAUUGAAUGAAGCUGAAAUGCCAAAGACAG